AUGCCUCGUCCCCCACGCUCAAAAGUCGCGUCGCGCGUCGCGAAACCCACCAAGCCGAAAGACGCCCCCGCGCCCCAGCAGCCAGCGAAGCCAACCCCAGCGCAAACCAAGGUCAGCAAAGCUGCCAAUAGCUUCAGCGAAGACAGCGAUGGCCUUGUCACAAGAACCAGAUCAACGCGUUCGCAUAGGAAAAUGCCACGGGAGAAGACACCGGAGGUCCAUGACGAGCCAGAGCUCACCAUGACCGGCGCGCUACCGGCUGAAGAGAACACAUAUUUAUCAGCUACCAAGACCCGUACUCCAGCAUCAAAUGCAUCAAAGCAGAUGCGCGCCACAAGAAGCAGUGCGAGGAAAUCGACCGCGCAUUCAUCACCACUGGCUGUAGUUGCUCAAGCACACGAAGAAUCGCAGAUAGAAGAAGAUAGCGGCUAUGGCGAUCUGACAUUCUCAUCUCUCGGUUCCGAUUCCCCAGCCCACGGCACGCGCCCACCAUCAGCCAUCAAGGUCGGUGCAACACCCGCACAUGAGAGAUCGAUACUGGCCUUGAGCAAUUUCAGGCGAAGACCCCGGCAGCCAAGUCUGUUGCGCCAGGUACAACAGACUACCGAUGUGGAGGACAACGAUCAAGACGACCUAGAUAACACCGACAACUUUGACUUUGACGAUUUCCUUCCGCAUGCCGAGUCCACACCCCUUAACGCACGGAAGCAGGCACCGGAGCAGGAGAUUCGGAAUGAUAGCGGCACUCAGAUCUCAAGCUCUGGUUCCCGUGGCACAAAGCGCAAGUUUUCGUCUGUAGUCCAAGUGCCACGCUCGUCACCACCACUGAGUCCACAGUCUGGCGAAGAUGUCGAGUCAGAGCGAUCACCCUCACCGAGCCUGCCAGAAGUAGUUGCAUCACGCGAGGAGAUGAUCGAGCAAACACAAGAGGAUGAGGAGCCACUAAGCGAGACACUUGCGCCCCCCAUGUCGAGUAGUCCGAUACGGGAAGUCUUGAAGCCGCCUCAAACACCAGCGCAGACGCGACCGCGCCGAAGAGGACGACAGGCCAAGACGCCCGUCGUGGAUGAAGACUCAGAAGGCGAGGAGACAGAGACACCUGCGAGAGCUAAGCAGAGGGCCAAAAAGAAAGCAGAGCAAACUAUAUCUGUUGCGCAACUCAAAGCUCUAUUACCACGUCGACGGAACCGCCUGCGGGACCGGGAUGAGUUCGACAUUGAGUCUUCAGACGAUGUCGAGCCUGUGGACUCGGAUCAAGAUGAGCUACAAAUGCCAGCGCGUCGCGUUCGCCAAAAGCAAGGGACUACAAAGUUAGUAUCGCCAAAGGCAGCGACAAAGAAAGCAGCUCGCCCAAAAAAGGGUGCCCCCGCUAAAGUAGCGCAAAAGUCGGGCAGAACAUACAGUCGCAGGAUAUCAUCGGACAAGGAAAAUGAGACUACAGGUCAGAACGAAGCAGACAAUACUGAAGUCUCGGCAAUCGAGCACUCGGAGAAGUUGGCUGCUAUCAGAAGGAAGUUUGAGGAGGUUGAUGCUUUUGAGCUGGAAUUUGAAGAGGUGGAUGCGACGACGAGCUCAAGUCCUUUCCGAUGA